GCUCCGGGGAUUUUUACAAUUCUCUCUUUUGGUUUCCUAACACGAAUUCAAGCAACCAUGUCGAUGGAGACAAUUGCUGCUUCUCCCAAUCCACGACCCGCCAAGAGUGUGCCCUCACAUCCCCUAGCCCCUCUUUCAGCCUCGGAAAUAACUCUCACCUCUUCAAUAAUCAAAGCUUCAUGGCCAGCACAUACUGAUCUCCAUUUCAAGGUUAUCACUCUUCAGGAGCCUGCUAAGGCCGAUGUACUACCUUAUCUGGAAGCUGAGCACAACAACAAGUCACUGCCUGCUAUUGGUAGGAAAGCUUUCGUGAACUACUACAUUCGUAACACAUCCAAAUUCCACGAAGCGAUUGUUGACCUCUCGACGGGACGGGUGCUGCAGAACCUUCUACUGGGACCAUUUAUCCAUGCUAAUGGGGAUGGAGAGGAGAUUGUGGCCAUUGAGAAGGCUGCUCUCGCUGAUGAAGGUGUAAAAGCUGAGAUCGCGAAGCUGCAGCUUCCUGAAGGUACUGUAGUGAUUAGUGACCCCUGGAUAUAUGGCGCUGAUGGCAUCAAUGACGCGGAGAGGAUGUACCAGUGCUUUCUUUACAUGAGAGAUCCCUUGAACCCUACAGAAGCAGAUUCGAACCACUAUGCGCUGCCGCUUCCAAUCUCUCCUGUUAUCAGCACCGAGUCAAUGGAAGUAAUUCGCAUUGAUAUCUUGCCGACUGGUGUGGAUGAGACAAUAAAACCCAUCAAACCAUACAAGAUCAAGCCUCCGAACGAGUAUAUUCCGGAGCACCAGAAGUUACGGACCGACCUGAAGCCGUUGAAUGUUGUUCAGCCGGAGGGGGCUAGCUUCCAAGUUACCCAGGAAGGUACAAGCCAUGUACUUUCAUGGCAGAAGUGGAAGUUCCGAGUUGGCUUCAACCAAAGAGAGGGUAUGGUUCUAUACGAUGUACGGUAUGACAGUAGAAGCUUGUUCUAUCGCCUGAGCCUCAGCGAUAUGAACAUACCAUAUGCAGAUCCACGCCAUCCCUACCACAAAAAGUCCGCGUUUGAUCUUGGCGACGCCGGCGCUGGCAUCAUGGCCAACAAUCUCAAGCUGGGAUGUGACUGCUUAGGGUCCAUCUACUACUUAGAUGCAGUCCUGUCUGAUGACAAGGGCAGCAUUACUCCAAUGGAGAAUGUAGUCUGCAUACACGAGCAGGACGCCGGAAUCGGAUGGAAGCACACCAAUUAUAGAACGGGACGUGCUGCUGUUGUCCGCUCUAGAGAAUUGGUAUUGCAAUCCAUCAUCACUGUCUCAAAUUACGAAUACAUAUUGGCCUUCAUAUUCAACCAAGCUGGUGAGAUUGACUACGAAGUACGAGCUACAGGUAUCCUCAGCACUCAACCAGUCGAUGAGGGCGUCGAGGUACCCUUCGGCACAGUUGUUCACCCUGGCGUUCUCGCCGUCCACCACCAGCACAUUUUUAGUCUCCGUGUUGAUCCGCAUCUAGAGGGACAGGACAAUAGGCUCGUCUACGACGAAGCCCAUCCAAUGCCGCGGUCAGACUUCAACCCUCAUGGCAUUGGCUACUACGUGCAAGAAACGGUGGUCGAGGAGUCGGGGGGGUACGACCUGGAUAUCAGCAAGAACCGCCUUUUCAAGAUCCAGAACCCGAAUGUGCGGAACCCGAUUAAUGGCAAGCCGGUUGCGUACAAGAUCCAAGCUCCAGAUUUCCAGAAGAUAAUUUCGGAUAAGGACAGCUUCAACUAUAAACGCGCCGAAUUUGCAGAUCACAAUGUCUAUGUUGUCAAGCACCAAGACGGAGAACUCUACGCUGGAGGGCUAUACACAAAUCAGUCAAGAGGAGGCACCGGAGUGCGUGCCUGGGCGGACAGGAAGGAUAAUGUCAAGGACACGGAUUUCGUGCUUUUUAUUCAGAUGGGUAUCAACCACGUCCCAAGAAUUGAGGAUUUCCCAGUCAUGCCAUGCGAAAUUUUGAAGUUGCAUAUGAAGCCCGUGAACUUCUUCGACAAGAACCCCGCACUAGACGUUCCCCCGAGUGAGCAAAACUUUAAUAAGAGCUCAUUAUUGAGCAAGAGCCAUCAUCAACCUAGCGUUGAGGCCAAGAUAUCAGAAGAUGGUUCGUGCUGUGCGCCCAAGUUAUGACAGGGGGAAUAUGAAACAGCGAUGGGACCGGAAAUGAGUACAUGUAGAGCAUAGAUCAUAUAAAUGAAAUGGAACAUGA